AUGGCGGUUCUGCAAGAGGAUCCCACGGGUGAUGGUGGGGUGCAGGCAGACCUCGCCAACGAGAGGCCCGCGCGGCCAGCUGCAGAAGGCCAAGAGGCAGCUGCCGAGAAGGACGAGGACGACCUGAGCGACGAGUCGUGGGACGAGUACGACUGCGACGACGACUACUGGGACCACGACCGCCUGCCGAGGGACAGCCGCCAGCAACCCCCCAGAUGCGGCGUGGCCGACGCGGCGACGGCGCGGCAUGCGGUGCUGCAGCGGCUGCAGGCGCGGAUCAACUUCGACGCGCUGCCGCAGAAUGCGGCUGGCAUGGGCCACGCCGCCCGGAACUCCGCAGUCGCGUCCGAGCGAAAGGCCGCAGCUUCGAAGAAUUACGGGCUGACGCGGGACACCAGGGCAACCGUAGACCAGGUGCUGGACCCGCGGACCUUGCUGGUACUUAGCAAGUUCCUGAAGAACGGCGUCUUUGAGGCCAUCCACGGCUGCAUCAGCACAGGCAAGGAGGCUAACGUGUAUUACGCCGUGGCUCCAGGAGGCUUGGAGCGGGCCGUGAAGGUGUACAAGACUUCCAUUCUGGUCUUCAAGGACCGCGCGCGCUACGUCGAGGGCGAGUACCGCUUUCGGCACGGUUAUUGCAAGAGCAACCCUCGCAAGAUGGUCGCGCAGUGGGCCGAGAAGGAGAUGCGGAACCUCAAGCGGUUCCACUGGGACUGCCGCCUCGUGCUGGCCCAGGUGAUGGAGCUCCGACAGAAUGUGCUCGUGAUGCAGUUCAUCGGGGAGGACGGCGACGCGGCGCCCAGGUUGAAGGACGUGACCUUCCUGAGCCCCGACGAGUGGCUUAGACUGUACAUCCAGUGUGCCGUGUCCAUGCGGAGGAUGAUGCAGGAGGGCAAGCUUGUGCACGGAGACCUCUCCGAAUUCAACAUGCUGUAUCACGCAGGGGAUCUUUACAUCAUCGACGUGUCCCAGUCGGUGGAGUGCGACCACCCGCACGCCCUGGACUUCCUCAAGCGCGACUGCGUCAACGUCAACAACUUUUUCAGCAAGCGCACGGGCUGUCAUCCGGUCUCCGUGAAGAGGCUCUUUGACUUCGUUGUGACCAAAGAGCUGCCAGGCGCCGCCCCGGGCCCCGAGUGCGAGGCGGAGGCCUUCGAGGCGCUGCUCGACGCGGCGGCCGAGGCGAUGUCCGAUACUGUUGAUCUGCAUGUGCAGGCCUGCGACCGCGACCUCUGCCGACGAAGGUUCGGGCACUCGGUGGUGGUCCUCCCUUCCUGCGAUGGCGACGUGAUCGUGGACCUCGAGUCGGCCGCGAUGUCCUUGGAGCCAGGGGCCCCGGAGGAAGUAUCAGAGCGCGACAACGUGGAGAUGGGCGACGUGGACAUGCCUUCGUGGUUCAAGGGGCGAGGCGAGAUGCAGGACAUGAUGCGCCGCCUCCUCCUGGCCAACGUGCGCGAGACAGCGGAGCUCUCAGCCGCCGUCUACUGCGAGUACUGCAUCGGAGUGGGCUCUGGGCUGGCCGUGGCGUGCCCCGCGGAGGGCCGCAAGUGCAGCGAGCGCAGUCAGGCCCUGCGCGAGUGCGCCGCCGCGGGCGAGAAUAUCGACUUUAAGGGCCGCGGGCCUCCUCAUGCGCGCGUCAUGAUGGCCGCGAUCGAGCACGGGGCGAAGCGCGCAGUGGCGGCGGGGCCUAGGCGCAACGAGGGCCAGAAGGUCAAGGAGGCGUUCGGCGAUGUCCUGUGA